UGAAGGUCGCGCGCCCUCUUCCUCCCGUGUGCCGGUUCACAAAGACCCCUCUUCUAAGUGGGGUGGGUACGCGUCGUCCUUUUGCGCAGGCGCGCGGUGUGAGGUCCACGCUCGCCUCUAUGCCGGCAGGGCACGUCUCGCGGGUCCGCGCCUUGUAUCGGCGCAUCUUGCUGCUGCACCGGGGUCUGCCCCCAGACCUUAAAGCCCUUGGUGACCAGUACGUGAAGGACGAGUUUAGGAGGCAUAAGACCGUUGGUUCUGACGAGGCCCAGCGUUUCUUGCAGGAAUGGGAGGUGUAUGCAGGAGUGCUAUGGCAACAAACUAAUGAAAACAGACAAAAUUCAACAGAAAGAGUGUGUUUUGGAGUUGCCCUACCAGAAGAAAAACUUAAUGACUUUCGUGAUGAACAGAUUGGACAGUUGCAGGAGCUGAUGCAAGAAGCUACUAAACCUAACAGACAAUUUAGUAUUCCUGAAUCUAGGAAACCAGAAUUUUAGUCUAUACAAUAAAGCUUACACAUUUUAAGUUCAGAACCCCUUACUGGGUUUCUAAAAAUGUAUUUCUUCAGCUUUUAGGUUUUGUGAAUGCCUGGUGUUCAUGAAAUAUUCUUUAAUUUGGGGUUGUUAUUAAUGUUGUCUACAAUAUGUAGAUCAAUAUGGCUAGUAAAGCUUUAUAUGAUUGAAGUAACAGUACUUGCUGGAUGGGAUUUGAUUUUUUAAGUACAUAAGAAGGAAUGACUUGAAAAUGGACAAAGUUGUGGAAUUUUGCCAAAUUUACAUACAAUUUUACAAUUUGUAUGUAAAUUUAAUGCUGUUCUUGUUCAAGCAUUAGCCUCAUGGCUUUAGCUUCAACAGACAAGUAUGUUAUGAUAAUGACAGAUGUGGAGUUCCAACAAGGUUAUUAUUUACAUACAUGGAUUGUCAUCCUGAAAGUUCCUUCCUUUCUCUUUUAAUAAUACAUGUAUGAUUAUUCAUGUAAAUAUGCCUUCUCCCUGAGUCACUAUUUAUAUACAAUGAAAGAUUAAAAAGAAGCUUAAAGAGUCAGUAUUAUACACUGUAUAAUCUAUCAUGCAAAUGAUAGUAUAAUGUUUGUACAGUGUUUGGUAGUAACAAAUGACCCCUUAAAUUAUGUAAUUUAUAGUUACCUUGAGAAUCUCAUUUGUUGCCUCAUCAUUGGGGAGA